AAUGGGGGAAGGUAGUACUAGUACUAGAGAUAUGAGCACCGAUAAAAUAAAUGUUGAUUUAAAUGAAUAUCCAAUUGAAGAUAUUUCUUUAGAGAAUGGUUAUUCAGGAACAGUUAGUGAACAUUUUGAUCAUGAUAUUGUGGCAAAUGAUGUAUUAGAAGUUGAGGAAAUUGAAACUUAUGAGAAAGAAAAUAUUGUGUCUUCUAGUCAGAAUAUUGAGAUAAAUGAAUUUGCAGAAGAAGUUGAUAGAGAUGAAACUUAUAAUGAGACAAAUAUUGUUCCUUUUGUUGGUCAAAUUUUUCUUAGCGAGGAAGAAGCAUUUGCAUUUUAUAAGAGGUAUGCAUAUCAGCAUGGGUUCUCUGUUCGAAAAGGUAGAUUCAUCAAACGAAAUGGAAUUAUGAGGAGGCGUGAUUUUUUUUGCCAUCGUGAAGGUAGAAGCUCGUUGAAAAUCAUAGAACCAUUAAAAGAACAGAGAAACAGAGAAUCAACAAGGUGUGAAUGUAAAGCUUAUUUAAGAAUUUCAUUGCAGAAGUCUCAUGAUAUAUUUCCAAGUGAGUGGCGAGUUACAAAGUUUGUUGUUGAACAUAACCAUGUUUUGCUAACCCAAUCAGAAGUGCGUUUUUUACCGGCUAACCGAACUAUCUCUGAAGAUGAUAUUGAACGCAUUUUCUUGUUAAAAGAAGGGGGGCUUUCAGUUAGACAAUUGAUGCGUGUCAUAGAAUUAGAGAAAAAUGUGAAGCAUGGUUAUCUUCCAUUUAUUGAAAGGGACAUUCGUAAUCUUUUUGUGAAAACCAAGAAAAAAGUUGAAAGAAAUGAUGCCAAAGAUCUUCUCAAGUACUGUGAGGAUGCAAAAAAGAGUUGCUCUAAAUUUCAGUAUGCAUAUACACUUGAUGAAGAGAGAAGGUUAGAGCAUAUUUUUUGGUCUCCUGCUUCUUGCUCUGAUUGGUACCAAAAAUAUGGUGAUGUUGUUGUGUUUGAUACUACAUACAAGGUCAAUUCUUAUGAAAUGCCAUUUGGGAUUUUUGUGGGUAUGAAUAGUCAUGGGAAGACUGUACUUUUUGGUUGUGCACUCUUACGAAAUGAAACAAUAUCUGCAUUUCGUUGGUUAAUGAAGCCACCAAAGACUAUACUAACGGAUCAAGAUCCAUGGAUGAAAGAAGCAAUUUCAAAAGACUUGCCAUCAAAAAAACAUAGUUUUUGCAUAUGGCACAUCACUUUUAAGUUUAGUAGUUGGUUUAAUGCUAUACUUCGGGACAAAUAUUCAAAAUGGUGUUCUGAUUUUUACGAGUUGUAUAAAUUGGAGACAUGUGAAGAAUUUGAGCAUCAAUGGCCAAAAGUUGUUGCUAAGUAUAACUUGCAGUCAAAUAAACAUGUGAAAGGAUUGUAUGAAAUCAGGAAUUACUGGGCACUCGCUUAUCUUCGUGACCAUUUCUUUGGUGGGAUGACAACUACCGGAAGAUCAGAGAGUAUUAAUGCAUUUAUUAAAAGAUUUAUAAAUUCUCACACAAGUUUAAGUGACUUUACAAAGCAGGUAUGGUUUGAUGUAGCGAUUGAUGAUAUUAAGCAAAAAGAAGACCAUGACAUAAUGUUAGAAAAGUGCAAAAGAAUUAACUUGAAGCUUAUGUCACCCUUGCAAGAGCAAGCUCAUGGUGUUCUUACAAGAUUUGCUUUUCAGAAGUUUCAAGAGGAGUUUGAAAGGUCCACCCAAUAUUCAAUUCAUCAUGAAAAUGGUAAUGAAUUUGUGUUGCGGUAUUAUAAAGAUGCUAAUAGUAGAAAACACAUGGUCUUUGGGGAUGGUAAAAUAGCUACAUGUAGUUGCAAGUAUUUUGAGUUUUGGGGUAUAUUAUGUCGUCACAUUCUCAGUAUUUUUCUUCAUAAAGAUUGUCAUGAAAUCCCUUCUAACUACUUGCCGUCACGAUGGCGGCUUCAAACAUCACAUGACGAUGAUGAAGUAGAUCCCCAACAAGUCAAUGUUGUCUUUGAGGAACAAGUCGAUGUUGUUCACUGUCCUCCACCUUCCAAAACAAAAGGUCGUCCCAAACGAAGACGUCUUAAAGGUGGAAAAGAGCUAUCACAUAACAUGAAUACUUGUGGAUUGUGCAAAGAUGUAGGACAUAAUAUUGUUACAUGUCCUCUAAAAGAAAAUACUCAAUUUUCUGGUCACACAAACAAGAAGAAAAAAAUUUGUAAAGAUGCAAAUUUAAAUCCAAUUCUUCUUCCAAAAGUUUAGGAAUAUGUUGGCAAUGUAGCAUGUGGAAUGAUACUUCAGAGUUUAGAAAAGAAAGCUGAUGUUGGCAUAGGCAUGAAGGCCCUGGAUCUAUUUUUUAUGAGUUUUUUAUUUUAAUUAAACAUUUGAACCUCUUUUUGGAUAUUUUUUGUAUUGGAAUGGUAUUAUUUCAUUUGAAUUGCUAAUAUAUUUUGAAUUAGUUUUUAUUAUUUAUUUAAAUUAAAAAAUUCCAGCAAUGUUAAUGAAGGGAUGAAAAAAUACUUUUAUUUUGCAAAAGAUGCUACGCAGGUGCUUCAUACUCAGUAAAGAGACAAAAAAGUCAGAAAAAAAGAAACUCUUCAGUUUAGCAAUUUUGAGGCGCGUGUAUUUAAAGUAGGAAGUUCAAAAGCACACUAUGUGUGUCAUAUAGUUGAGGGUAAUUUUGUCUUUAAAUUUUUUAUGAGACACAUU